GCGCUGCGGGGCAAGACGGUGCUGGACGUGGGCGCGGGCACCGGCAUCCUCAGCAUCUUCUGCGUCCAGGCCGGCGCCCGGCGCGUGUACGCGGUGGAGGCCAGCGCCAUCUGGCAACAGGCCCGGGAGGUGGUGCGGCUCAACGGGCUGGAGGACCGGGUGCACGUCCUGCCGGGGCAGGUGGAGACGGUGGAGCUGCCGGAGCAGGUGGACGCCAUCGUGAGCGAGUGGAUGGGCUACGGCCUCCUGCACGAGUCCAUGCUGAGCUCCGUGCUGCACGCGCGGGCCAAGUGGCUGAAGGAGGGAAAAGGCGCGGCGGCCAUGCACGGCUUUGCCUUCUGGUUCCAGGUGACCUUCCCAGGAGGGGACGCGGGGAAGCCCCUGGUGCUGUCCACCUCGCCCUUCCACCCGGCCACGCACUGGAAGCAGGCCGUGCUCUACCUGAACGAGCCGGUGCAGGUGGAGCAGGACACGGACAUCUCCGGGGAGAUCACGCUGCGGCCCUGCCGCGCCAACCACCGGCUCCUGCGCGUGCAGCUGCGCUACAAAGUGGGCGAUCAGGAGGAAAGGGCCAAAGACUUCGCCAUGGAGGACGAGCAGUGGCUUCCCUCCCAGCAGCUGCCUCCCGAGGAGGCCGGGCUUUCCCGGUAGAAGCCAAGGGGGGGUCGCCGCAGAGAGGGAGAUCCCGCAGGCCACUCGGAUGGGGGCCUUAUGUUCUGUCUGCCUUUCCCCGCCAGGCUCCUGGGGGGAGAGAGUGACCUCACUCUCCCUUGGAGGAGAAAUGACCCUGAUGCCCCCAACGAUGAAAACAGCGUGUUUGUUAAUAGGCUUUUGAGCCUCACGAGUAUGUGGUCCCAAGCACUUGUAUUUCUAUUUUGUUUGUUUGUUUGUUUCACGAAAGAAAAAACACGUAAUAAAAUGUCAGUUUAUGAAGUUCCAUGCA